GCCAUCGCCCUAGGCUGUGGGGCGCGCAUCGCUUUCUAUACAGGGGACGUCCGGAGGCUAAUUUCUGACGCAAAAGCGGCUCGUCCGACAAAGUUUUUCACUGUACCUCGUGUCCUUUCUCGGUUGCAUCAGCAAGUGUAUGCCUCUGUAGAAUCCUCCUUUGUGAAACGAUUUAUUUUGGAUUUGGCGAUUCGACAAAAAUUUAAAUUGGUGGAAAGAGGGGUGCUUACUAAAGGCACUCUGUGGGACAUGCUGAUUUUCCGCAAAUUGCAGGCCAUGCUUGGUGGUCGGGUUAAUCUGAUACUCUGCGGAAGUGCGCCCCUCUCUCCGGAAGUGCUACGAUUUACUAGAGUAGCCUUCGGCUGUCGGGUAUGA